AUGCCACUACCUCGUUCAGCUAAAGAGAUAUCAGCAAAUGAUAAUGAAUGUGGUAAUUUAUUUUCAAAAGAAGAUCCAGAAAAAUUAUUUGUCGAUUUACGAGAAAUUGGUCAUGGAAAUUUUGGAGCUGUUUAUUAUGCACGAAACUCUGAAACAAAUGAAUUAGUUGCAAUAAAAAAAAUGUCAACAGGACGAAAACAAAAUACUGAAACAUGGCAUGAUAUUCUUAAAGAAAUUCGUUUUUUACGUGAAUUAAAUCAUCGUCAUUGUAUUGCUUAUCGUGGUUGUUAUUUAAAAGAAUAUACAACAUGGCUUGUAAUGGAAUAUUGUCUUGGUUCAGCAGCUGAUCUAAUUGAAGUUCAUAAAAAACCUUUAACUGAAGGUGAAAUAGCUACAAUUGUAUGUGAUACAUUGAAUGCACUUGAUUAUCUUCAUUCUAUGCAACGAAUUCAUCGUGAUAUUAAAGCUGGAAAUAUUCUAUUAACAGAAGAUGCUAUUGUUAAAUUAGCUGAUUUCGGUUCAGCUUCAUUUUCUAGUCCAGCAAAUAGUUUUGUCGGUACUCCUUAUUGGAUUGCUCCAGAAGUUAUUCUAGCAAUGGAAAAUGGUCAAUAUGAUGGUAAAGUUGAUAUAUGGUCACUAGGAAUAACUUGUAUUGAACUUGCGGAACGUAAACCACCAUUAUUUAAUAUGAAUCCAAUGUCUGCACUUUAUCAUAUAGCACAAAAUGAACCACCAACAUUAAUGAUGAAUAAUGAAAAUCAACCAAUAAAUUCAAAUAAUACAACAUCAUUAUAUACAAAUGAUUUUAUUUCAUUUAUUGCAAUGUGUUUACAAAAAAAUCCAAAUGAUCGACCAACAUCAACUGAAUUACUUAAUACAAUAUUUAUAAAAACUAAUAGUAAUCGUGAAAUUUUAAUUGAUUUAAUUCGACGUACAAAAGAAGCUGUUAAAGAAUUUGAUAAUAUACGUUAUCGUCGUAUGAAAAAAGUUCUUAUGGGACAUGAUGAACAAAUAAGUAUAAAUACAAGUAGUUUAUCUGUACCAAAUUCAAGUAUUAUAGAAUCAAAUGAAUUAAUUAUUAUGGAUAUAGAUAAUUCAAAUAAUAUAUCAUAUCCAAUAUUAGAUGAUGAUGAUAGUCGUAGUGCAGAUUUUAUAUCGGAUAGUAAUCAAAUAGAUCCAUGUGAUGAUAUAAGUUUAAAUUCAAGUCAAUCAAGUCUUCAACAUACAUCAUCAAUACGACAUAAUAAUCUUCUUCUUAGUCGACAAAUAUCAAUAGGAUCUCAAUCAAUUCAAAAUCAAAUUAUUUCAAAUAUAAAUAAUAUCAAUCAAAAUAUUCCAUCAAUUGAAAUUAAUAAUACAAAUCAAAUAUCUCUACUUAAUCCAUUACCACCACUUCAAAUAAAUAUUGAUGAAUCAAAUAUUCCUAUAAGAAAUGAUUCAAUAACGUCUGAUACUUCAUCAAUUUCUCAACAGCAUAAUAUGCAUCCUCCACUUACUAGUGAAUUUUCUACAAUAAAAACAUCACGUAUUGUUAUACGUGAACAACGUGAACAUGAUCAAGAAGAUCAACAACGUGAACAAUUUCGUGGUUAUAAACGUAUGAGACGACAACAUCAAAAACAAUUGAAACAAUUUGAAGAACGAUGUCGUCAAGAAAAAAUUGAAUUACGUUCAAAACUUGAACGUGAAUAUAAUAUAUUUCAAGACCAAGUUAAUCUUGAAAAUAAUCGUUUAUUAGAAAAACAUCGUAAAGAAUUAUCUGAUCGAAUUAAAUAUAAUCAAAAUCAUUUAAGAAAAUUUGAACGUGAUCAACAAACAGAUUUUGAUGAUGAACUUAAACGAUUUCAACAAGAACAAUCAAAACAAUAUAAAAUUAAAAAAGAUAUAUUUAAAAAAGAAAUUUUAAGUUCAUCAACACGUGGAAAAACUGAAAAAGAAGAUGAAAUACGUCGUUUAAAAGAUGAUUUACAAUUAAAAAUACGUAAUGAUGAACAAACAUUAAAAACACAAUUAAUGCAUGAUCAUAAUGUUCGACGUUUACAAUUAAAACGACGAAAAUUAUUAUUAUUACAUGUUCUUGAACAAAAAUUAUUUGAAGAAAAAUGUACAAAAAAUAUGGAUACAAUCAUACAAAGACAUGCACUACAUAAAAAACAUCACGAACAAACCAAAGAACUUGAACAUAAACAAUUAGCAAAUUUACAUAAAAUGCGUAAUGAAUUUACUGCUAAACAACAUCAAACUGAAAUAGCCAAUUUUCAUGAAUAUAGUAAUCGACGGCAAAAAGAAUUAGCUAAACGACAUGCAUUAAGUCAAAAACAAUUUCCAAAAAAUAUUAAAAUGAAACAAGCCGAUAUAAAACGUCAACAUAAAGAAGCAUAUAAUACACAAACACGACAAUAUAAAGCUUUAAAAGAGAAAACACGUCUUGAUUAUUUAUAUGCAUCAACUAAUAGUUCACGUGAAGAACUUGAUUUAAAAUUAAAAACACUUAAAGAUGAACAACGAAGAAAAUUUGAUUUACUUUAUCAACGUUAUGAAGAAACAAUACAAAAAAUGCUUGAUCAACAAAAUUUUAAACUUAAUUCUGAUCAAGAACGUGAACGAUCUUCAUUAAAAACAAUACUUGAUGAUGAUCAAAGAAAUUUACUUUAUUUACAAGAAGAAAGUCGUCAUCGAAUGGAACAACAACAUCUUGAUGAACGAAAACAAUUAGAAAGAAAUAUUGAAGAACGAUUCAUAGAACUUAAUAAACAGAUGGAACAAGAAUUAAGUGCAUAUAAUGAAGAUCGUACUCGACAAUUUACAUUACUUUUAGAAAAACAACGUCGAGAAUUAUCACAAAUUGAUUGUGAAAUAACAAAUUUAGGUAUUAAUGUUGCUGAUCUAGCUGAAUCAAUGCAAGAUAUACAUUUUUUUACUGCCAUUCCUAAUGUUAAUACUUCUUCAAAUAUUAAUACUAAUAAUAACAAUAAUAAUCGAACAUCAAUGAUAAGUUUACAUCGUUCUUAUAGUUCGAAUUCAUUUGUUUCAAAUAAUGGUAAUGGUACAACAACCAACCAUAAGUAA